AUGGAACAACAGCUGGGUUUAUUGCGACUGUACGGCAACGAGAAGAAGUGCGGGGAGGCCAUUGAGACAGACAGCUGGCCUAGUUCAGGUUUCCACGAGGGUCAACAGUCAGCAGUGGCCUCCGACUCACCAGCUUCCGGGUUCGAAGAUUCUUCACCCAGCAUCCCUUCGGCAUCCGGCUCCUAUUCCCGGAUCGGCCACCUAGAAUCCCGCCUUGGUUAUUCCAACGAGCGGCCCAAAUCUGUAGGGGACGUCGCCAACAACAGCAAGGAGAGGGCCCAACGGAGCACCAUGCCACGCUCCUUCUCAGCGCCCUACGCCUCGUCCCAAGAGCAGCCUGCCGAGCCGCUGCCCGCCUGCUUCACCCCAGACCCUUUCUUGUACCCCAGCCCCCUGCAUGCGGUGGCGCUGCAGAGCCCCUUCUUCCAGAGUCCCCUGUACGAGGACGCCGCCUUCUCCUCGGCUGCUUCCCGGGCCUUGUCCUACCCGGAGGACCCCGAUGGCAACUUGGAGGCCUACGGGAACGAUUUCCAGCUCUACACGGAGGCGGCUUCGCAGGGCCAGCGGGUGGAGAGCUACAUCUCGCGCCUCCUCCGCCGCCGCAGCCAGCUGGUCAGAGGCAGCAAGCCCCGGACGAGCCUCGGCUCGGAACCGCUGGCCAAGGGUGGCGUCGUGCGCCAGAGCAGCCUCUGCAAGCGACCCUCCGAUCUGCUCUCUGUGCAGGCUGAACGUAGGCACCCGCUGGCCAUGGAGAGGGGCAGCAGCACCCCUUCGCCCUGCGGACACGAGGGGGGCACUGCUGUCACCACCGCCCGUGUCUGGUCUUCGUGGGAUGCUGCAGCCGAGAGGACUUUGGUCGCCAAAAGGAUGGCGGAGGACUUUCACCCACCACCAUCCAGUCUCCGGAAGCCCCCUAAGCUGCAGGCUUUGGCCCAAGGGAGGGCUCCCUCCUUAGACCACUACGACACUGUCUACCCCUCGUCCCCUCUCUUGGACCGGGAAGAUGGGUCCUCGCGGGGAAGUGGCCAGGAGCCGGUCUCUUACGAGUCGGAGGAAGGAGGCUGCCUGAUGGUCAAAGCCCAGUACAUCCCUGCCCAGCAGCCCCCCUGGGCCCAGCAGGCUCACCGGGCCGGCAGGAAGAAGCCCCCACCCCUGACCAAAGGCCGCUCGAUGGAACUGUCACCAGAACGGGUCCCUCUGCUGGUGAGGGAACGGCCGCGGGUGGUGGCCCCCGCCAAGAAGUGCCGUUUUACAGACGAGGGGAAUGAGGGGUCUGGGAGAAAGGGCAGCGGGAGGAAAAGUUCCCCCAAAUCCAAGAAGGCCGCCAGGUCCCAGUCGGAGAACAGCCUCCUGAACAGGUCCAGGCUGAAAUACGGGACCGUGGACCGGGAGGAAUCAGCGCAUAAACAGUCCCGGCAACGUCGGUUGCAGGGAAACGUGGACAGCGGCUACCGCAAGUGGAGCUCGACAGCCGAGAUCUCGCAAGAGGAGCUGUCUCCCGGGAGCACCAUGGAGCCGCCACGGGGUCAAGAGGGGCCAGGCCCUACAGGGUACACCUAUACGGGCAGCGACUCCGAGUGUUCGGGCGAGCCAGCCAGGAGGGCCCCCGUGUGCCGCCUGGAGGAGGGCCUGGUCGGUGGAGACAGCGAUUCCAGCCUGAGUGACGGGGACUCGCCACCGCCGUACAGCAGCGGCGCGUCCAGCGAUACGGACGAGAGCGGGGGCCUUGUGUGGCCGCAGCAGCUCUCCCCGCAGCUGGUGUCGGCGUCCGGCCCAGGAAAGGCAACCAGCGGGCAGCCCAAAGUCUUCGUCAAGAUCAAGGCCUCUCACGCACUCAAGAAGAAAAUCAUGCGCUUCCGAUCCGGCUCGCUCAAAGUCAUGACGACGGUGUAAGGGAGCCCAGUCGGUUCCCGCCACAUCCUGUCGGCUCCCCAACUUUCUGCAGGGGGGGCAGAAAGUUCCCCUUGAAUGUGUC